AUUUUGGAAGCCAAGGCAACCGACAUCUUCCUGUGCUUGUGAGAGUGCGCUCUUCUUCCGCGGCUGGGGCGACCCAGCGGCUGGAAUGUCACCGGUGUCUGGUUCGCGUAGCCCGGAAGGAGCCUCGGGCUCCAGUGGGAGGCGUCGCAGUCCGUCGAGGAGCCCGAAAUCUAGCAAAUAUUGCCGCUCCCCGCGGGGCCACUACUCCAGCUCGCAUUCUUGUUCUAGGUCUAGCGACCGGAAUGGUCUCAGCCAGCAGCUGAGUAGCUUCAGCCAAGGGUCGCGGAACCAGUGCUACCGAUCCCGCUCCCGGUCUCGUUCUCGGGAGCGUCCCUCGGCGCCGCGGGGUACCCCCUUCGCCUCGGCGUCUUCGUCCUAUUAUGGCGGAUACUCGCGCCCCUACGGGAGCGACAAGCCGUGGCCAAGCCUCCUGGACAAGGAGAGGGAGGAGAGCCUGCGACAGAAGAGAUUAAGUGAAAGAGAGAGAAUUGGAGAAUUGGGAGCUCCUGAAGUAUGGGGACUUUCUCCAAAGAAUCCGGAUCCAGACUCUGAUGAACAUACUCCUGUAGAGGAUGAAGAGCCGAAGAAGAGUACUACUUCUGGUUCUUCUUCAGAAGAAGAGAAGAAGAAGAAGAAAAAGAAAAAGGCUGGCCGUUCCAAGGAAAGGACCAAGAAAAGACAGAAGAAAAAGCCGAAAAGAAAACACAAGAAGUAUUCCGAUGACAGUGACAGUGACUCCGAAUCCGAAACAGACUCCAGUGAUGAAGAUGCCAAAAGGAGAGCCAAGAAAGGCAAGAAAAAGGAUAAGAAGAAGAAACACAAAUCGAAGAAGUACAAAAAGAAAAGAUCUAAGAAGAACAGAAAGAAUUCCAGUAACUUAAGCUCAAAAGAGACCCACGAAGAGUUGAUAGAGAAUCCUUGGAAGGACCGGUCAAAGCCUGAAGAACCCUCAGAUUUAAUUGGCCCAGAGGCUCCAAAAACACUUACCUCUCAAGAUGAUAAACCUUUGAACUAUGGCCAUGCUCUCUUACCUGGUGAAGGUGCAGCGAUGGCUGAAUAUGUUAAAGCUGGAAAACGUAUCCCACGCAGAGGUGAAAUCGGCUUGACAAGUGAAGAAAUUGCAUCGUUUGAAUGCUCAGGUUAUGUAAUGAGUGGUAGCAGGCAUCGCCGGAUGGAGGCAGUCCGACUGCGGAAAGAAAACCAGAUUUACAGUGCUGAUGAGAAGCGAGCCCUUGCAUCCUUUAACCAAGAGGAGAGGCGCAAGAGAGAAAACAAGAUUCUGGCCAGUUUCCGAGAGAUGGUAUACAGAAAAACGAAAGGAAAAGAGGACAAAUAAAGACUUUCGGGUUGUUCAACAGACAUUUUUUUUUCUAACAACAAAGUCUGGGUACCUUAUUCAUUUAAGAAAUAAGAUCUGAAAACAAAAGCUUUACAGUGCAACUGUGCCUUCUAUUUCCUUCUUUCAGUCCUUGAAUAAAAAGCUGCUUAUGAACUUCACAAGUUCUUUGGGUUAUAUUAGAUUGGACCAUUUCUGGUUUAAAACUCAAAAUCUCGAAGGAACUUACCACCCCCAUCUCAAUCUCCCCUCAUGGUGGGUAGGAUAGGGGUAGUGUUGGUGAUGUGAGAAAUUUAAUUCUCAGAUGCAUGGCACAAGGCAACUCUUAACUGCCCUCCAUGGCCAGUCCCAGACCUCUGGGGUUACCACCUCUCCAUGUGGAAAGUGUUGUAGGUGAACUUGAUCAAAACCUAUAGGACACUGUUUUAGUUACCGAAAUGAAGGCAUUGCUAAAAACAAACAAACAAACAAACAAAAAAUCUGGAAUUUGAGACUUAGAGAAUACAAUGUUUAUCUACCCCAGAAGUAAUAUAUUUGCAUCCCAUUCGCUGCCCAUCUCCAAACCAAAAGGCAAACUAACCCACAGACUUGUUGCAUGGCAAAUGUGAACAUUUGUUUUCAAAAUUCCUAAUCAGUGACUUCAGAUCGGUUCUUACAGGCAUCAGAUAGUGGGAAGUCAACUGCUGUGCCAAUGCCAGGCCAUUAUUUAUUUCCCUCUAAGAGAGAGCCAUUUAGAUCUGUAAUAUUGAAUAUUAGAAAAGAAAUGGAAUCGUGUAAGAUCAGAAGUUUAACAGGGAGAAAUAUAAUGAGUAGUUGCUUUACUGUAGUUGUUUUGUAAGGAUGAAGGUAAAAGGUCGUUGAAUGCUUUUAAGUAUGUACUUUAUGUAAUAAGAUAUUUGAAGCAUUGUUAAACUUUUCCGCUUAUUUUGUUUUAAAUAUUCAGUUCAGUCUUUUACUUUGUAUGAAACACUUUCAGUUUAUCACAUUUUUAUGGCUACCAUUGACUUUGCAGUUGGGAGACAUGGAAACCUCUGGUUCACUGAGAGCAUGUUCCUUUUCUUUCUCAUAUUUUGUAACUUUAGUUGUGGGAUCAAAGAGUAAAAGGACUCGGGACAGUAUUUUGGCUUUUUGUUCAGGUAUUUUGAGCUGCAUCUUUGUAAUAUGCAUAGGGUAAAUAUAAAAUACCUGGGGGCGGGUGCAUUUUGGCUUCAGUAUUAUAAGCCCUUUCUUCUCCUGAAGGUAUGUAGUUUAAAAUAGGUGGAGGGCUAGAGAUAGUACAAUGGAUAGGACACUUGCCUCUCACGUAGUCGACCUGGGUUCAAUCCCAGGCACCAGGCCCUGAACCUCACCAGGAGUGGUCCCUGGGUGCAGAGCCAGAGUAAGCCCUGAGCUUACUCGUAAAAAUGCCAGCUUUUAUCACAAAAUCCCCAAAAUAAAUGAAUCAGGCCGGUUGGUUGUUUUGUUGGUCUGUUCAAUUUUAACAUACGACCAUUGUGUUUCUAAGGAUAGAUCCAAAGUUCCACAGUUUCACAUGUGUUCUAGAAAAAUGUCAACCUUAAACCCACCACUGACAAGCCAGACAGCUGUUUGGCAUCCAGCAGUAUGAGACCUCUGAAUAUGAAGUGAUUUCAGUUUCUCCUAAUGGCUGCUUCACCUAAUGAAUACUUCACUUUCGUCAGUUCGAAGGAAACAAGGUCACAAAUUGGUGAACCCCAGUUCUCUCCCUCCCUUCCUUGGGUGAGAGAAAUCUCAAUUUAAAAUCAUUAUUUAAAAGUGUUGUUAUCUGAGAACAUGUGAUUGGGUGUCUGAAGGAGUUGGGUGUUAAAUUUUCAGUGGGCAAGGUAGGUUAAGAGCAUCUAUUUUAUAUGAGAUUUUUUUAGAUUAUCAUUUAAUUGUUUCUGUCUCCUUCAUGCAAUAGAUCAAAUACUUACUGACUCAGAAAAUCAAUCAUUGGGGCCUGAGAGAAAAAGUACAGUGUGUGGGGCACUUACCUUGCACAUAGCAGACCUGGGUUUCCUAUGUAACUCCCCAUAUACCCUUCCCCCAGUGGUGAGAUGCCUGAGCACUGCUGGGUGUGGCCCAAGAACAACAGAAAAAGUCCUUUCAGAACAUUACCAGUUAUUUGAUAAGGGUUUAUUUAGGAAAGAUCUGCUUAAAGAACAGCUUUCGUAGCAUAUUCUUUGGAAAAGGGAAGGGAAGAAUAAAAAGGGCUAAAUGCAUUUUAGUUUCAGCUCAUGAGAAUUCCUGUUUUAAACAAUGUUUAGAUACCUGAGCCAUAAGUCACAUGGGAGGGCUAUUGUAUUUGAUAUCUGUGUCUUUAUUCUCUUAAGUUGAAUUAGCUAGUUUUUAACAGGCCCCCACCACCACUUUGUCUCUUGCUUUGAUAAAACUUUGCCUCCUUAUUUAUUUAUUGCACAGAUGUAAUGGUUUAAAAAAAGACCCCUUGUCUUUCGUCAAUUAUUUUUAGUAUUCUGUGUUCUCUUCCAUUACUAGCCUGAGUAAAUAAAUGUACCUAUAAGUAAUAAC